AUGGAUGCCGUUGCUCUCACAACCGGCUCUCCCGCCAUCAACCCGGCCAUCCCUGACGUCGGCGUGCUUAUCAAGGGUCAGCCAAUCAAGGAUGCUCGCGCGCUGCUCCGGUACGCGCUGCCUAUCAACAACCAGGCGAUUAAGGAGGUGCAGCAGCCGCUGGAAGCCAUCACCGAGGACCUCAGGUUGCCUGGCUCGAAGGCAUUCGACCCAGUCGAGAGGAAUAUCCGUCAGGCAAACCGCGUGCUGAACCAGAGCAAGGACAAGAUUCUGGCGGACGUGGCGGAGAAGAACAAGGCGGAGGGGCGCGAGCUGAUCGAGAAGCUGCAGGACGGGCUGCAGGAGUUCCAGAAGAUCGUGGAGCGCCGCAACCGCGACAGCAUCCAGCCCAAGCAGAAGGAGCUGCUCGCUAUCGUCGGCGACAUUGAAGAGGCGAUGGUGGGGGCAUUCCCAUACCAGAUCCCUGCGGAGUUCAAGGGGUACCCUGUGCUCAAGGGGCGCGCGAAUGUGGAGAUGACAGUGCGCCCGAUCAACAACCCUAACCUCCCCGAGGUCGUCUUUGAGGUUGUUGUCGACGGUUACAAUGCGCCGGUUACCAGCGGUAACUUCGUGGACCUGGUGAAGCGGGGCUUCUAUGACGGCAUGGAGAUUCAAAGAGCAUUGGAUUACGAGUACCUUAACUUCCCUCUCCCCUCCCCCAACCCCCCACCCAUUCCUACUCCUUCGCGUGCUGCUUUCCUCGCAGCUGAUGGCUUUGUGGUGCAGACUGGAGACCCCGAGGGGCCCGCAGAGGGCUUUGUGGAUCCCGCCACUGGCAAGGAGCGCAGGAUUCCUCUGGAGGUGUUCGUUGAGGGGGACAAGGAGCCCGUGUACCAUGACACCUUGGAGGUGAGUGAGACUUGCAGUGACACAAGACGUGUUUUGAGGCGCCUCUAA